CGACGACGAGGAGGAGCUCUCUUUUGAGGAAGACGAUGCUCAGGAAAGUGUCGAUGAGUCUGCAACCGACAUGGAGAGCCGGUAUUUUUGGGGGAAGGAGUUGCGGCAGGACGAGAAGCUGGAGGAGGCCCUUCAGGUGUUCCAGGAAAACAUAGACAAAAACGAUAACCCGGAGUAUGUGUUCAAGUCGACGAAACAAGCAGUCAAGGUGAGCAUUGAGCUUGGAGACGCGGUUAAGAUUAUGCGAUAUUUGGACCUAUUCUUUGAGCAACUACCGCAGAUGGCUGUGUCGUACGGGGAUUCGUCUUUUUCAAAGAUGCUGCACAGGUUUGACCAUCCGAUCCCGGGAUGCUCGUCAGAGCUCCAGAAACAGGUAUACAACAAGUUCUCGGCAUAUCUGAAAGCCAGCAACUCCAGCAACGAACGGUUGGUUAUACGAGUUGAACUGGGGCGCGCAGGCCUGCUGCUGGCGGAACAAAAUUACCGCGAGGCCCGCUUGCUGCUGCAGAAACUUGAGGAUUCUGUCACAGCCUCCUCCGAAGCAAUUAAAAGCACAUAUUUGCUGGAAGUUCUCGCUCUGGAAAUGGUGAUUGCGAGCCAUGGCGAGAUCAAUGUCGAGGAGCUCUCUAGACUGACGAAAAUGGCCAAUAAACUGGGCUCAAGCAUCCCGCAAUCGCGCAUCGUGGGCAUCGUCAAGGAGUGCUCUGGUCUUGUGGCUAUGUUCGACGAAGACUUCCAAACAGCCAACCACUGCUUCCAAGAAAGCUUUCGAGGCUUCAACGAGUGUGGCGACGAUCGACGCGUCGACGUGCUGAUGAAGUACAUUAUCAGCAACCUGCUGAGCGAGAGCGAGAUCGAUCCGUUCCAGUCGGGCGACUUCCAGGGCUUCGACGACGUUCCGGAAAUUGUGAAGCUGAUGGAGCUUUAUCGGUACGUUCAGGAGACCGACAUUGCCAAGUACAACACACUUUUGAACGACGACGAGGAUUUCAAGAAACUGAUGCAGGGUAACCUCCUUGCGCAGUUCAUACCGUUUGUCACCGAGCUGGUUCAUGUGCGAUUUGUUGUUGAGUAUCUGCAGCUAUUCAAACGCGUCAGUUUGCGCCAAUUGCAGGAGAAACUCAAAAUACAGGAGUCGGACCUUGAAGUGAUGCUACUAAAGCUAUAUGGCGAGGGAAGAAUUAGCAACUACAAGUUUGACUUGGUGGCCAAGACAGUUGAGUUUUGCGGUAGCUCUAUUCUCGAUCCGCAUGUCAGUCCCAUAGACGUUCUUGAGCGUCUGCAGCUGUUCCAAAAAGACAAACUCAACGUUUCGAGUGACGAUUUUGGCGCAGACUCUCAGGAGCGACUACAGGAGCUCUUGUCAACGAAAUUUCACAAGGAUCCUGUGCCUAACUCGCCGACAAUACACACAGAACUUCCCAGCUCGACGAUAAUCUCGAAAGAAGUGCUGGAGCCUUUAAUCAGCACUCCUCGUUCUUUCGAGUCUUCAGAGGAGCUUUUCAGGGAGCUGGAAUAUUACUUGGAGUAUAUCAAGUCUGCAAUCCCAUCCAAAGCGCCGAUCAAACGCUCUAUCAUCGAGAAAGUCCGAAUAGACAGCCAGAACCAGGAACGUGAAAAAAUCAGUCAGAUUGACGAGACUGGCAACACAGACUACGAUCACCUGAUACCCGAAGUUGUGCAGUUCACGAUGAUGGAGAACCUGGACGUGAGUGACAGAGAACAGCCGGCACAAGAGAUUUCAGAAGAGGAGAUGAAGGAUAGAAAACUGAGGAGUCUUCAUGAGCUUGUUUGUGAGCUGUCUCGCUACUACGACACUGUCAAGCGUAAUUUUGCGGAAGGGCUCUGUGCUAAUCGUAAUUUUGGCGGAGAGGCGAGAGAGUGAUUGCAGCUACCAAAACUGGCUGUGCUACAAAUUUUCAGGGAAAAAAUUGCACAAAAAAAUAAAGGUCUUUUGAAUGGUCCCAAAGAAGCAGACGAAGGCUGCAAAGCGGCGUAGCGCACAGAAUCAGAAGCGUGAGAUAGAGCCAGAGGUGAGGCAGGACUCACUGGCUCGCAACAUGCUGGCUUCACAGCCAAAGCUGACGCCAAAGAGCGAGAAGAGACACGUUAAAAAGAGCCAGCUCAAGAAAGAGCUCCGAAUCGCCAAGUUAUACGGGAAAAAGAAGGAAAAGGUGUACGACGAAAAGGAGCUAGACAUUCCUGUGCUAAACAAGGCGAUCCAGCCGGGGGUUUUGAAGAAGAGAGGCAAGAAGGGCAAGAAGUUUGUCGCUGACAACGACUCCAUCACUCUCAACAGACUGAUUCGCCAGAUCAACGACGAGAAAGACCUUGAGACUGAGUCGAAGCUCGAGAAGGCCAAGAGGCUCGAGGAGAUAAGGGAGCUGAGAAGACAGGAGAUGGAGCGCAAGGAACAGGAGAAAAAGAUGAAGGUGGAGGACAAGAAGGAGGAGAUCAAGCUCAAAGCAGCCACGGCGCGGUCUAUCAGACGCAAGAACGCCAAGUUGGCCAAGAAGGAGAUUCUCAAGCCGGACAGCAAGAAGAGCGUUUCAUUUGCAUGA